AUGAAGCUCACUGUCUUUCUUACUCUUCUAGGGAGGUUCGCCUCCACUAUAGCCCACGAGACUCUUCUAGGAAGACAUGAUAUAAAGACCAUCUUCACAGGCGCCCAUUGGUCUAUCAAUACUACAGUCUCGUUUCCUGGCUCCGACAGUUUUACCAAUGCUACCGUACGGUGGUCUACAUUUCACCAGCCAACCUACGCUGUUGCCGUAAGCCCAGCCACGGAGGCUGAUGUGAUUCAAGCUGUCAAGCUUGCCACAUCUAAUGGAAUACCAUUUCUAGCCACGGGCGGACGCCAUGGCUACACCACAACGUUAGGUGCCUUGAACAACGGCCUGGCAAUCGAUCUAGGUCAAUUUGACACGAUCAGGGUGGAUCAACAUCGUGGCACCCUUACUAUCGGAGGUGCCGUCACGUUAAAAAUAGGCACUUGUUCUUGUCCUGGUAUGGUAGGCGUAUCUCUUGGCCCCGGUUUAGGGCCAUGGGGUGGCGUUCACGGCCUAGUGAUCGACGCACUACUUUCACUGCACGUGGUUACUGCCAAUGGUACCCUAAUUGAGGUGUCGAAGAGUUCGAAUCCAGACCUGUUCUGGGCAUUCCGUGGCGCCGGGGCUAACUUCGGCAUUGUCCUAUCUGCAACUUACCAGCUUCAAAAACAAGUCAAUAAUGGUCAGGUAUUCGUUCUCGAAUCUAUAAUCCCGAACAAAUUAAACCAUUCCUACUUUGACAUAUUAGAGCAAUACGAUGGAGGGAAGCUGCCGAAGGAAUUAGCUAUCUUCACUUUUAUCGCAUUUAACUCGACUACCGAAGCUGUUCAAUUGAGGUCUAUCUGGACGUAUUUCGGUCCCGAAACGGAAGCCCGCAAUGCUAUGAAGUCGAUAUAUGACCUUAACCCAACCAUCACUAGUGAAGUUACCUAUGGAUGGAACAAGGUUAUACAAUCUGUAAGCGGUGGCUCAGAUUACUACCAAUGCCAGAGAGGCUCGGUUCAGGAUAUUUACACAAUCAAUGCCCGCAACCUAUCCACGUCGACGUACAAGGACUCUUUUGAAAGGCUCUCUAAUUUCUACGAGGAAACGCCAGCAGGGCGUGAAUGCCUACUGCAAAUGUCUAUGUAUCCUAACCAAGCGGCUCUUGCCGUACCAGACGACGAAACAGCAUAUCCGUGGCGCGACACGAUUGCCAUCUUAGACCUUUUAUUUACAUGGAAAGACGACACAAGCAACACUGAACAAGCAGUGGAAACGCUAGCGAAAGAUCUUCGCAGAGACCUGGCCGCCACAUCAGGGUAUCCUGAGUUAGCUGUAUACAUUAACUCUGCACACGGAGACGAGACGCUAGAGUCUAGAUAUGGGGCUAGGGACUAUAGUUGGAGACACGCGGAGAAAUGGGAGAGGGCUACCCGCAUGUGA